UCAGAGUAUGUCCCAAUGGAAAUGAAACUUUUAACAUCCUCAGCUUCUUCUUAAAUGCGUUUUCAAGAGACUCUCUGCCAUUCAGGAAUAAUGCUUCUUGUGGCUUCUGUUAGGUGAGACUUGUGAAUAUUUAACAAUGGUUGAAAAUUCUUCAAACUCAACAGACAUUCUGACACUGCAAGGCUUUGACCUACCUCCUCAAGGGGUGUAUGCUGCAUUUAUUUUCGCCAUGCUGAGUUACCUUUUAAUUAUCUUCUGUAACGUUUUCCUGAUGUCCAUCAUUAUCAUGAAUAAGAGCCUCCACCAGCCCAUGUACAUCCUGCUCUUUAACCUGCCCAUCAAUGACCUCAUUGGCUCCUCAGCCCUCUUCCUGCAACUCAUCAAAGAGAUCCUGCUGGACUCCAGGUACAUCGAGGCCUCCAACUGCAUCGCUCAGGCGUUUUUCGUCCACAUUUACUGGGUUACCGGUGCCUUAAUCCUCUCUGCCAUGGCUUACGACAGGUACAUCGCCAUAUGCAACCCACUGAAGUACAGCACCAUAAUGACCAACAGCCACAUCGCGAAAAUAAUCGCAUCGGUGUGGCUCGUGGCCCUGCUCUUGAUGGGCGUGCUGUUCGGCCUACUACUACGGCUGCCUCGGUGCAGAUCUUUAAUAUCGCAAACUUACUGUGACAAUCCCUCUCUGCUUGCACUAGUCUGUGCAGACACCACCAUCAACAACAUUUACGGACUGUUCAUCACAGCCGGCUUGCAAGUGUUCGCCGUGGGUAUGAUUCUCUACACCUACCUGCAGAUUUUGCUUGCAUGCUUUAAAAACAAACACUCUGACACAAAGAGCAAAGCUUUGCAGACCUGUACAACUCAUUUAACCAUCUUCAUCAUUUUGGAGUGUUUAGGACUUUUCACAAUUACCGCAUAUCGCGUAAAGCAGCUGUCUCCUCAUUUAAAGAGGAUGAUUGGAGUUUCCACCUUGAUAUUUCCCCCUAUUUUCAACCCAAUAAUAUACGGCCUUAAAACAAAGGAAAUCCGACAAAAGAUUAACAUGGCAAUCCGCAAUACAGUGAAUCCUUAAUUUUUCUUAUGAAAAAUAUUUUUGUGGUAAUACUGCUUACUAAGUCUGAGAAAUACUAGAAAUUUAGGAUUUAUUUAUUUACUUAUUUAUUUUUUUUAGAACGGAUCAAUGGGAGUCUUUUAGCCCUAUCAGCAUACCAUGUCUCCAGUGCAUAACUAGAAAAGUAGCUGCCCAGUUUCUCUUGCAUGUCAUUUUAAAGAAACUAUACACUGCAUGUCUAAACUAUGUAAGACAUGCAAGUGCUUUCAGAAGUCCAAUAAUUCCUCAGCCAAUCCCAGACUUUGAAAACCAAAGUCUUUUCAAACAACUUUUGAUGAAAUAGCAUAUAAAACCAUUAGUUUUAUGGCUCCAAAAUUAUUCAUAUAGCAACAUGAAAAAUAUAUUUUUCUGGAGAAUCACAUUCACAUGUUUUCAGUUCAGUGCUUUAGAUAUACCUAAAUGUGAUGUUUGUGCUCCAAAAUGAAUAUGAAAGUAAAGUAAAGGAAUGUAGCCUCUUGCUAAUCUUUAAGUCAUAUGGUAGAGAGUCUGAUGGAAGACUUUUCCGUCCCUGUUGUUAUUCUCACAGAUGAUCUUCCUUUGCAGCUCCUUGCGUGUCUCUAGAACUGCAGAAGGCUUAAGGAUAGCACAUUUAAAGAACAAAAAGUGAAAUGGUGAACUAGUUGUAGCUGUAAAAAUACCCUUUAUGAUACAAUGUGUUUUUUUCAGGAAAGGCCAGGUGGAAUUAAUGGGAAGCAACAAGCAAACAGGAAGCUUUCAGGUUCAGCUUCCACUGUAAAUAAAUGUUGUGGUAUGAAGAAUUCUUACUUCCACGCAUGGUUGUUGAAUUGAUGGUGUAAUUACCUGCCCUUUUGUACCUCUCUUACAUAGUAAAAUGAAUUUUUUUGUAAUUUAUGUAUUCAAUAUUUAAUAAAUUUGAUUUCAAAAUGUAUUGUUGGUUCUGUUUAUGUUACAUUGGAACAAAUUAUUUUAAUCAUUCUCAUUUCAUUGAAUCAAGUUUAGACCUUCCAGAGUCAGCAAACAAAAAUAGUUGAGCAAACUUGAAAUGCUGUUAGUACCAUAAUGUGCAUGUACCUAAUUAUCUUGCAUUAGGUAAUGAAGAGGUCUUUCACUCUUAAGCAGUUUUUAAUGAGUCUGUUUAACAGCGUGGAAUCCUCUCCUGAGAACGUCUCAGGGUACUAUCUCUGUGCUUGAGCUCAUGGGUAUGAUCCAUAACAGGCAAAACUUCAUUCCUGUUGUUCAUCAUUUAUUAUAUCCUAUUACAGCAAUGAAAUAAUAAACUGCUGAUGUAAGAAGCAUUAAUUAUUUAAGUCAUAUUCACUAUUUAGUGUAACCUAGUAAGGAGCUAUAUUUAAAAUAAGAAACGGUGAGCAAACUGACCUGAAUGGUCUUCAUAUUUGGGGAAUUUCAUUUUAAAUCAUAAUAAAAGCCAGCACACAAGGUAACCAUCCCCACAACAUAAUUUCCCAAAGAGGUUUUACACGUCUUGUAUGAUGUGACUGAUAGUAGUGCUCAAGUGAAUUAG